AUGCCCAACGAAGAUGCAUUCAGCAAGCCCUCGGCACCGUCAGAGGCCCCGCACGCCCCCGGCGCACCGCCUCAGGGCAAGGCCGGGGGCUUCGGCAAAGCGGGCGGGCCGCUACUAGGAACCUCGGGCGCCGGAGGCGGCAGCGGCGGCUCUGGGACGUCUGGCAUGGGCGCCGGGGGCAAGAAGUCCCCGCGGCUGCCCAAGUGCGCGCGAUGCAGGAACCACGGCUACGCGUCGCCGCUCAAGGGCCACAAGCGCUUCUGCAUGUGGCGGGACUGCCAGUGCAAGAAGUGCAACCUGAUCGCCGAGAGACAGCGCGUGAUGGCCGCGCAGGUGGCCCUGAGAAGGCAGCAGGCCCAGGAGGAGGAACUGGGGAUCAGCCACCCUAUUCCACUGCCCACUGCUGCUGAGCUGCUUGUCAAGAGAGAGAACAAUGGCAGCAACCCGUGCCUGAUGACUGAGAGCAGCAGCUCCUCCCAGCCUCCGCCGCCGGUCAGCACGCCUACCACUGCAGUGUCAGAUGGACGUAUGGUCAUCCAGGAUAUUCCUGCUGUCACCAGCAGAGGGCACGUGGAGAACACACCUGACUUGGUUUCAGACUCCACCUACUACAGCAGCUUUUAUCAGCCGUCUCUGUUUCCUUACUACAACAAUCUGUACAACUACCCGCAGUACUCCAUGGCCUUGACUGCUGAUUCCUCUUCCGGGGAUGUGGGAAACCCCCUCGGGGGAUCCCCGGUGAAGAACAGCCUUCGGAGCCUCCCAGCACCUUAUGUACCCGGUCAGGCAGGAAACCAGUGGCAGAUGAAAACCUCGGACAACCGCCAUGCCAUGAGUUCUCAGUACAGGAUGCAUUCCUACUACCCGCCUCCCUCCUACCUGGGCCAGGGCGUGCCCCAGAUUUUCACUUUUGAGGACGGCCCUGCUUACUCGGACGCCAAAGCGAGUGUAUUCUCACCGCCCAGCAGUCAAGAUUCUGGCUUGGUUUCCCUCUCCAGCAGCUCUCCUAUUAGUAAUGAGAGCACAAAGGGAGUGCUUGAAUGUGAGUCGGCCGCAGAGCCCAGCAGCUUCACGGUUACUCCGGUCAUCGAGGAGGACGAGUAA